UGGUGAUGUACGUGGAUAUUGAGUGCAGUGUAUUUCUGCCAACACUCCGUGCGCACAACCACACCACGUUUGUUAUUAUUCGAGACUAGAGGGGUGUACGGAACAAGUCAAGGAUGAAGACAUCAAAUUUGGCUUUUUUUGCUGUAACAGUUCAAUUGAUAACGACUGUUUUCACGCCUCUUGGUGCUAAGCACUACCCCCAGUACGCAUACAUAUGGGGAACGGACGAUUGGCAAUAUACCAACCUAACCGACAUCAGGUACCACUUUACUAGCAAUCCUGAGAAGGACGGAGAUACAAACGUACCAAAUACCAUUCAGUGUACUGAAAGAAAUGAUAUCAACAACCAAGACAUAGACAAUAUUGGCUCAAACACGCCAAUGAUGGACUACAGGUUGUGGGUUCCCACACAGAAAGAACUUGAAAUUGAAGAAUCAAGCAGGCUGGUGACAAUGUCUGACUUGUUCAGGAAGGAUAUACCAGCAAACGGUGUGUUCAUUACCGAAGUGCCAAGAAGUGUUAAAUCAUUCUUCACCAACUACAAGUACGUGGCGCACUGCGGUCUAAGUAAAAGCAACCGCAACAUGGUAGCCAUUCGUAUGGCCAUGCCACAUCGUAUCCUGCCUUUCGUAGGUCCCGAUCUAAAAGUAUUUUCUUCGGUCAAGCCUCCAGAAAUUCUCGUCCGGCAUUGGGAGCGAAAACUGGGCAGCCGCGUUAGGCCAAGAUUUACAUGUCUUACAAAGAGCCAUGGUAACACCACAUAUGUGUGUCCUUAUCCCAUUGAACAGUUACCGCUUCACCAACAGCAUGUGGAACCUGAUGCAUACUAUAAAGUCCUCAGCAAGAGGUUUGUAAGUGAAGUUGAUGUAACACAACCAAAAAUCUUCACCAAUGCUACGAUCCCUUGCGUAGUUAAAUUGACUCAUGGCAUGGGAGGCACUGCUGUAUUUUUGAUAACAAACGAAACCGAACUACAGCUGACACAAUCAAAGAUCAUGACCACGCACCCCGAUGCGGAUCUAAUCGUUACAGAGAUGAUCACAGAUCUGGAAUCUCCAGAAUACAGUGCCCACUUCUUUGUUGACAAAUCUGGGAAUGUUACUUGGUGGGAGGUGGUCGAGCUCAUUGAAGAUGCCAAUGGACAUUCCAUUGGAACUAUGUGGACAAAGAAUAAUGGCCGUUUAAGACAAAUCAUGGAGCCAUUCGUAAACAAAGUUGCCCAGGCCCUGCACCAAAAUGGCUACUAUGGGCCUGCAGGAUGCGACGUCCUGCAUAAUGGUAGGCAGGGUUACUUGGUAGACAUCAACCCGCGAAUGACCUGUUCUAUGCCUUUAUGUCUGAUGGCUAGGGAAAUGGAAAGACGUGGCUGGUCAGUUGGCGUUUUGACCCGUCAAAGAACACUAGACGGCACCUUAGAUGACGUCAUAGCUCGCGCUGAAAGCAUCUCGGAUGGGGAGGUGGUAAUACUGAGUGGAGGAGAGCUAGAAGGGGGCGCCAUAAUGGCCUACGUCGCAGUCUUUUCAGAUAGCCGAGAAGCAUGUGAACACAUCAUUAGCAACAAGCUUCCUUUUAUUUGCACAUCAUCCCGACUUUCAAGAACUGAACGCUAAGAGGAUAACACGGGCGUGUAUUAGUUAUUUUUAGGAUGCGAAUGACUGCGAGUGCAGUUUUGUCUCUUUUGCUUCCAGGUUGUAUUUUAGCAACAAAUAUGAGUUCUUGCCACAUGUACUCCCAAAAGGUCGAUCAUUAAAAAAUGUGAUAUACUGUAUUUGACUUGAGUAUUAGCACAAUUUGGGAGUGCUUGCCAUCUCCAAAGAGAAAAUGUUUGCCUUAUUAGUAGUAAACUCAAAUAA